AUGGGUAACUGCGAUAGCAAGAGUGCGGAGUCUGGCAACGAAGUGGUCAUCACAAAGCUGCAGCAAGUCCCAAACACAGGCAUCCAUGAGAGCCUCAAAACUCUGCCUGUGCGAAGCAACGAGAAGAUGGGUUGGAAACCCGACAUGCCGGAUCACCGGGAUCAUCACGUCAAGUUCAAGGACGUAGAGCCGAAGGCUGGGAUCCAAAAGCGGAUGAACGGCAACGGAGACGAGAUUAUUGACCUCCGACCCGAUGAGGCAUUCCCCAUCUUCGACCAAGGACACCUGGGCAGCUGUACCGCAAACGCGCUUGCCGCCGCCUUCCACUUCACCCUCCACAAGAUGACCGUGGAGGACCACCCGUACUUCAAGGAUUUUACUCCCAGCCGACUGUUCAUCUACUACAACGAGCGUCUCGUAGAAGGCUCUGUAGACCACGACGCUGGAGCAUGCCUCCGCGACGGGAUCAAGACCAUGGCACAGAUUGGAGUGUGCCCAGAACUCAGCUGGAAGUACGACGACAAAGGCGACUUCUUCAAGCAGGAGCCGGAUUGGACCUGCUACGAGCUUGCCAAGAAGUGCAAGGUCGUCGGCUAUGCGAGGGUGGCGCAGGAGCUGACACAGAUGAAGAUGUGCAUCAAGAACGGAUACCCCUUCGUUUUUGGUUUCGUCGUCUAUCCCAGCUUUUCCAAAGCAGCGGCGGACGGAAAGAUGUGCUUUCCGGAAGCCGGUGA